AUGGUGGAUCUCACCAGUGGACGUAUUUACUGUGAAAAAGAAGGCAAGGCAAAAACAACCAUCCCCGAGAAGGGCGCGAACGAAGCCUUCCCCGAAGCGCUCUCGGAAGGGGGAGCCUUGACGCCGGUGGCCCAGAGUCUCCAGCGGGGAGAGGAGGAGCAGGAGGGGCCCUGGAGUGCCGUCCCUGCCUUCUCCCUCCUCAGGGGGCGCCUUCGGGUGGGCAGCGAAGGCGGCGCCGCCAUCGGAGUCGCCCGAGGGUCGGCCAUGGGCCCGGACGCGUGGCUGCGCUGCCUGGUGCUGGGCUGCUGCUGCCUGGCCGGGCGCUGGGGCGGCGUCGGCGUGGCGCAGAGGCUGGCGUCGGCGGGGGCCGCACUGGGCGGCGGCGAGUACUGCCACGGCUGGGUGGACGCGCGCGGCGCCUACUCGGCGGGCUUCGCGUGCCCCGAGCGCUUCGACGCGCCCGACGCCGCCAUCUGCUGCGGCUCGUGCGCGCUGCGCUACUGCUGCGCCGACGCCGGCGCGCGACUCGAGCAGGGCGGCUGCACCAACGACCCGUCGCAAGCGGAGCAGCCGACCGGGAGCGCUCAACCAGUCUAUGUGCCGUUCCUGAUUGUCGGAUCGAUAUUCCUCGCCUUCGUUUUCGUGGGCUCCUUUGUCGCCGUUUAUUGCUGCACGUGUUUAAGGCCGAAGCAAACGUCGCCGCAGCCGAUCCGGUUUUCUCUCCGAAGCUACCAGAUGGAGACUUUGCCAAUGAUCCUGACCUCGACUAGCUUAAGGACUCCGUCGAGACAGUCCAGCACUGCCGCCAGCUCAAGUUGCACGGCCGGCUCUCUCGGCAGGUUUUCAUUUGCCAGGCCAGAGUCUGGCUGUACAGCGGCAUCUUCACCCCCACCUUACACACCAGGCUGCUUGCAAAUGGGCCACUCGGUCAGCCUCUCUCAGCCCUCUGGGUUUUUGGUGUUGGGACCAUAUUUCUCCUAUCCGCUCGACUCUGAGCCGCCUCUAACUGGGAAGAGCGUUCCGGAAACUUAGCCACAGCUGAGCGAAGUGUUCAAAACAAUGCUUCCGCUAAGAAGCACAAUGGACUCCUGCGUUACGUGGUUUUCAUUGUGGUGUUCUCUGCUUAUGGAACUGGAAAUCACGUGAAUGGGUGAGUUACCCUUUAAAAAAAGUGUCAAU